AUGUGUGUACUGUGCCCAAGUCCCAGGUCUUCCAGACGGGCCAGGGCACAGCACAUUGAACUGUUCCUGGGCAAGGAGCCUGGGCGGAUCGUCUGCGAGGUGGGAGUGGCCAAGAAAUGGAAGCCAGUGUGGUUGUCUCUGUUUCCUCCCAGUAGCAGUGGAAUGGGUCGACUGCAGAUCCAGGACAUGGGAGGAGGUAGUGGAGGUGACCAUGGCGCUGGGGGCAGGAGACACUACCACCAUCCUCGUGGGGACAAAAAGCUGAAGGUGGUCCGACUGUCCGAGCUGAUCAAUGUCCUCAGACUCCCUCCAAACGCCGAAGCCUGUCCCAUGGAGAACAUGUCAGCAUUUUGUGUGGAGACGCAGGACAGAACAAUGGUGUUUGCUGCCCUCAAAGACGAAUGUAUGGACUGGGUAGAAAAACUGUCCCAUAGCACAUUUCAGAAGACAGAUGCAGCAACACGUUGCGGUCUGCAGGGGUCAUACUGGCUGCAGGUAGGACAAGAGGCACUGCUGCUGAAAGAAACCCAGACGAAGAACACUGUGAGAGAAUGGCCAUAUGAGCUGUUGAGACGAUAUGGAAAAGACAAGCUGGCUUUAACCAUCGAGGCAGGCCGACGCUGCGACUCUGGUCCUGGAACAUUUACUUUUGAGACACAGCAGGCCGAGACAAUCUUCUCCCUGAUAAAGAGUACCAUAAAGCGCAAGACUGCUUCUCCCAGCAACCAAAGCCAAGAGAAUGAGAAAGUCAUAACCAACAUACAGACUCAUUCCCCUCUUCCCGAAAUACCCGAUAUGAGCAGCAUGGCUGCAUUUCUGGAGACCAAACUGAGGACACAGGAGAGGAAAUGUGCUGCUGCAGAAGAGAGUGCACAUGGUCCAGAAGAUCUGGCUGGUCAGUCAGAAUGUGUAUCAGCACAGCCAGCUCCUGUCACACUCAUGCCUCUCCCGAUGAUCCCUACACAUGACAUCCCCUCUGUAGGUCAGCAGAGUGGCCUUUCAGAUGGCAUAUAUGCUGAUCCAGCUGAGUGCCUCCAGUCUGUACCAAAGCCACAACCGACUGCGGCUCUGUAUUUAGACCCUGCCACUGUUCUUCCACUCAAACCCCCAACAGAGCCUGGUCCUCCCCUUCCAAACUCCUCCAGCUCACAUCCCUGCUUUAACAUUGAUCACCCAGAUUCAGUCUACUCAGAGGUGUUCGACAAAGUCAGUUCAGUCCAGAACAAACAAGCUGUUCAGAGCACAGGAAAACCGAAGUGUGUUGCAGAUGAUGAACCCAUUUAUACUGAACCAGUGAAGGCAGCAGACGUUUGCCAUAAAAAUGAAACCAAACCCGAUCCAUUUGCCCACCUUUAUGCGCGCAUCUGUAAGACAGCACCGUCCUCGAGCCCCUCGACAACUUCUAGCAUCGCCACUUCCUGCUCCACUUCCUCUGUCUCUGUUACUGCAAGUACAAGCGCAGCAAAAGACACAGACCAGUCUCCAGAUGACGUCAUCUAUGAAACCUUGGGCAACAUUUAA